AUGAAUGAUAAAUUUCGUACUACGACUAUGAUUGUGUAUGUUUUUCUAUUUAUUUUUUCCCAUGUUUCAUGUAAUAAUGAUCUUAGUAUACUCACGCAAACAACUUUAUCAACAACGUCAGUAACAUGUAAUCAAGAGAAUAAAAAUCGUAGUGGUUUAAUUGAUGACUGUAAUUGUCGAUUUGAUGAUAUAAACGAUAUAAAUAAUAAAAAACUCUAUCCUAUAUUAAAAAUAUUGGUAAAAAAAAAUUAUUUUCGUUUUUAUCCAAUAAAUUUAAAGAAACAAUGUCAGUUUUGGAUAGAUGAUAGUAAAUGUGUAUUAAAAGAUUGUGCUGUUAAAUCAUGUCCCGUUGAUCAAUUACCCGAAACAUUGCGACAUAAUAAAAAUCAUCAUGAAUAUGUAAAACAUCGGCAAGAAUCAACAACAAGUGAAUGUAGUAGUAAUAACAACGAUAAAAAUUCAUCAUUAGGCGAAUUGAAUAAAAAUUUAAGUGACGAACAUAAACAAACAAUUGAAAAAUGGAUACAAUUUGAUGAUAGUUUAUUGGAUAAUUUUUGUGAUAUUGAUGAUGAAACAUCAGCAGAUGUAGAAUAUAUUGAUUUAUUAUUAAAUAAAGAACGUUAUACUGGCUAUAGUGGUCAAUCAACAAAACGUAUUUGGACAGCUAUUUAUAAUGAAAAUUGUUUUUUUAUGUCUGGUUCUAAAGUUUAUUAUAAUUUAAGACAAAAACGACAAAAUAUUAAAGAUUUAUGUUUAGAAGGACGUAUAUUUUAUCGUUUAAUAUCCGGUUUACAUUCAAGUAUAAGCAUUCAUUUAUGUUCAAAUUAUUUUUUUCCCGGUUAUUUAGGAUUGAGUGAUCAUUGGGGACCGAAUACACAAGAAUUUUCUCGACGAUUUGAUCCAAAACAAACCGAGGAUGAGGGUCCAUUAUGGUUAAAAAAUUUAUAUUUUAUUUAUUUAAUUGAAUUACGUGCAUUAGAUAAAGCUAUUCCAUAUUUGGAACAAGUUGCCUAUUUUACAGGAAAUGAAACAGAUGAUGAAGAUACUAAAAAUUUAUUAAAAAAUCAAUUAUUCAAUGAAAUACGAAAAUUUGCAAAUCAUUUUAAUGAAACACAUUUAUUUAAAGAUAAUGAACAAUUGAGAUAUGAAUUUAAAGAACAUUUUCGUAAUAUAAGUCGAAUUAUGGAUUGUGUAGGAUGUGAUAAAUGUAAAAUUUGGGGUAAAUUACAGAUACAAGCAUUAGGUACUGCAUUAAAAAUUUUAUUUAAUCGAAAAGAAAUUCAUGCAUUUCAAUUACAACGAUCAGAAAUUGUUUCAUUAAUAAAUGGUUUUGCACAAUUAUCCUAUUCAAUUGAUCAACUGGAAAAAACAUUUAAACCAUUUAUAAAUAUAUCAUAA